UCCCGACGUCCCCACCUCCUACACUCUCAGCCUCCGCUGGAGAGACCCCCAGCCCCACCAUUCAGCGCGCAAGAUACCCUCCAGGCUCUCUGCACCUUUUUUCACGUCAAGAUUUCAUCCCAUACACGCAUGACUCAAUCAGCUUUGGAAAUGUGGAUAUGCCCUGCGUGCAAGCCCAAUAUAGCCCUUCGCCUCCGGGGUCCACUUACGCCACGCAGACUUAUGGCUCGGAAUACACCACAGAAAUCAUGAACCCCGACUACACCAAGCUGACCAUGGACCUCGGUAGCACGGGGAUCAUGGCCACCGCUACGACGUCCCUGCCCAGCUUCAGUACCUUCAUGGAGGGCUACCCCAGCAGCUGCGAACUCAAGCCCUCCUGCCUGUACCAAAUGCCGCCUUCUGGGCCUCGGCCUUUGAUUAAGAUGGAAGAGGGCCGCGAGCAUGGCUACCACCACCACCAUCACCAUCACCACCACCACCACCACCACCAGCCCCAGCAACCGUCCAUUCCUCCUCCCUCUGGCCCCGAGGACGAGGUACUGCCCAGCACUUCCAUGUACUUCAAGCAGUCUCCGCCGUCUACGCCGACCACCCCAGGCUUCCCCCCGCAGGCGGGGGCGCUGUGGGACGACGAGCUGCCCUCUGCGCCGGGCUGCAUCGCUCCGGGACCGCUGCUGGACCCGCAGAUGAAGGCGGUGCCCCCGAUGGCCGCUGCUGCGCGCUUCCCGAUCUUCUUCAAGCCCUCACCACCACACCCUCCCGCGCCCAGCCCAGCCGGCGGCCACCACCUCGGCUAUGACCCGACAGCCGCGGCUGCGCUCAGUCUGCCCCUGGGAGCCGCGGCCGCUGCGGGCAGCCAAGCUGCUGCGCUCGAGGGCCACCCGUACGGGCUCCCGCUGGCUAAGAGGACGGCCACGCUGACCUUCCCUCCGCUGGGCCUCACAGCCUCCCCUACCGCGUCCAGCCUGCUGGGAGAGAGCCCCAGCCUACCAUCGCCACCGAACAGGAGUUCCUCAUCCGGCGAGGGCACGUGUGCUGUGUGCGGGGACAAUGCUGCAUGCCAGCACUACGGAGUCCGCACCUGCGAAGGCUGCAAGGGCUUCUUCAAGAGAACGGUGCAGAAAAAUGCAAAAUAUGUUUGCCUGGCAAAUAAAAACUGCCCAGUAGACAAGAGACGCCGAAAUCGAUGUCAGUACUGCAGGUUUCAGAAGUGUCUCAGUGUGGGGAUGGUCAAGGAAGUUGUGCGUACAGAUAGUCUGAAAGGGAGGAGAGGUCGUCUGCCUUCCAAACCAAAGAGCCCACUACAACAGGAGCCCUCGCAGCCCUCCCCGCCAUCUCCUCCGAUCUGUAUGAUGAAUGCCCUUGUCCGAGCUUUAACAGAUGCAACACCCAGAGAUCUUGAUUAUUCCAGAUACUGUCCCACUGACCAGGCCACUGCAGGCACAGACGCUGAGCACGUGCAACAGUUCUACAACCUUCUGACGGCCUCCAUCGACGUGUCCAGAAGCUGGGCAGAAAAGAUCCCGGGAUUCACUGAUCUCCCGAAAGAAGAUCAGACGUUACUUAUAGAAUCAGCUUUUUUGGAGCUGUUUGUUCUUAGACUUUCCAUCAGGUCAAACACUGCUGAAGAUAAGUUUGUGUUCUGCAAUGGACUUGUCCUGCAUCGACUUCAGUGCCUUCGCGGAUUUGGGGAGUGGCUCGACUCCAUUAAAGACUUUUCUUUAAAUUUGCAGAGCCUGAACCUUGAUAUCCAAGCCUUAGCCUGCCUGUCAGCACUGAGUAUGAUCACAGAGCGACAUGGGUUAAAAGAACCAAAGAGAGUGGAGGAGCUAUGCAACAAGAUCACAAGCAGCUUAAAGGACCACCAGAGGACGGGGCAGGCUCUGGAGCCCUCAGAGCCCAAGGUCCUCCGCGCACUGGUGGAACUGAGGAAGAUUUGUACCCAGGGCCUCCAGCGCAUCUUCUACCUGAAGCUGGAGGACUUGGUGUCCCCACCUUCUGUCAUCGACAAGCUCUUCCUUGACACCCUGCCUUUCUGAGCAGGGGAAGCCUGAGCUAGCUCCCUGCUCUGCUGGCACCUGAUCACUAAGUGAGCAAAAGGAUGGGUUUGAACACCUCCCACACUGUCCUUCCGUCAGGGGAAAAGCAGCUCCCAUAGAAAGCAAAGACUUUUUUUUUUUUCCUGGCACCUUUCCUUACAACCUAAAGCCAGAAACCUUGCAGAGUAUUGUGUUGGGGUUGUGUUUUAUAU